UUUAAAACAUAUUGAAUAAAGCUAUGUUUGAUGAUUGUACAGCUGUUACAAAAAUGAGCGUUGAUAAAAGUAAAGAGGAUUAUGCUAUUUGUAAUAAUGAAUUGGAUCAGAAAUAUUUUAUUGCAUGGAGCCCUUUAGAGGAGAAUAAAUUCUCAUUUAAACAUAGAUAUGUAUCGUGUAGCAGAUCUGUACCACAUAAAAAUAAACGUUUCGUUAGAUACAGAAUAAGUCGAUCUUUGAAUUUUGAUGCAAGUGUUUGUAAUUCCAGUUCAGAGAGCAGUUCUUUUGAAGAAGACAAACAUUUGUCUAGAUCUGCUAAAAUAAUGAGAGCAUUAAAUGCCAAUAACAGUCCACCCUAUUAUGGAAAAACGAAGAUAAAGAAGUCAUUGAAUUUCAAUUUAACUCCUAGCCCGAAAAGGUUUAGACACAUAAAGAAAGAUAUACGAAAAUCUUUAAGCUUAAACUUCAAUCCUCCGUUGUCUGUUUCUAACAAAUUCUUAAGCUUUGAUGACAAUCCUAGUGAUUCUGCAAACAGUAGUUUAUUAUUUUCAUCUUCUGAUUCUAUCGAUGAAAAUCAAAAUGAAACACCAUCUCAACAAAAUCCAAAGGAACAUGAUAUGAUACAUUAUUCUACACCUAAUACCAAGUUGAGCAAAAAACCAUUAUGUUCAUCUAAUUUUACUCCACUGUUACGUAGUCGUUUAAAAGAAACUAUUGAUAAUAUCGUUUAUGUUACUGCAACACCUAAUUCACAGUCAUUAAAGCGUAUUAAGGGCAGUUUAAAAUAUACAAGUAAUGUUGCCAUGAAUACUUCAAGAAAUUUACUUCAUGAAUUUCACGAUAAAGAUGAUAGUAGGCCAUGUACACCUCAAAAUUUAAUUUGUUUAAUUCCGGAAAGUAUGAGUGCUAUUAAAAGAAGUCACAAGAAGGAAAGAUCAUCGAAACGAAAUGAGCAUUGUGCAACGCAGUUCACAAAUAAUUUUGUAAACGACGAAAACUUACUUCAGGAUAGAACUAGACCUUUAUUAACUCGACAUAAGAAAUAUAUCGAUACGUUGCAAGAUUCUAAAUCGGAUAUAGAUCGAUGUAGUAAUAAAAAUUUCAAUGUUAAUGAAUUGGCAUCGAGCCAUUCUGAAGACGAUAUGUCAGAUACAGGUUCACUUUUCGAUUAUACCGAAGAAAAGGAACAUAUUUUAAAAGAAUCAAAAAUGUCUGAUUGGUCAUCAAACAACUCUAAGGUUGAAUCAAAAAUACAUGAAUUUGAUGCUACAAUAAAACCAGAGGGAAAUAUAAUAGAAUGUGUUUCGGAAUUUCAAACUUCAGAUGAACAUGAAUUACUUCAAGAUCGUGAUAACAUCGACGCGAAUAAUUUGUCUAAUAGGCGAAUUGAUUUAACGGCGAAAGCUAGGUCAACAACGCCAGAACCAAGAAAAGAAAUUACAUUAGAUUCACAAAAAUCAAUUACUCCUGAAAAUCGUAUAAAUAUUUUGCAAACCAUUGCUAAAGACUCUAUAAAAAAAUCUCAUAAAAAAACUAAGGAUGAUAAUAAAAGAAGGUUGUUCAGUCCAAAAGUUUUACAAGGCAAACUUAAUGUUACCGAGGGACAAGAGAGUAUAAAAUCUUCGAAAAAUUUUGAACAGCGUGAAAAUAUUAUCGAUGAAAGUAAAAUGUUUGUAGAACAGGAUUACCUUGAUGCAUCAAUAGGAGAACGAUCGUCUACUCCCGAGAAGGUGAAUUCUAGCAGACUUUUAUUGUCACAAUUCAAUUCAGUUAAAAAAUCUCACAAAAAGGAUAAACAUAACAAAAUAUUAUCUGGGUUUUUAAAACGGCAAGAAUAUUUCAACAAAGAUAUGGACGUAAUAUCAAAUAGUAAAUAUAAAAUGUUUAAUAUCGAUGGUAUAUCUAAAUGUAAAAACGGUGUGCAAGACUCGUCUUCAGAUUUAGAUGUUACUACAAAUACUGGAGAUUCCACUUCCUCAGCGACGAGCGCAAAUGUAAAUACGUCUUUAGAUAAAUUAUCUCCAAGUAAAAGAAAGAAAGAACAAGAUGUAUCACUAGAUUUUGAAAGGAGUAUGUCAUGUGAUUCUGAAUUACAAGAGUUGGAUACCUCAAAAGAAGAAUUUAAAAUUUUUACACCUCUUAAAAGAAAAAAAUCAUUAAUUGCAUCUGCCUCUGAUAAAGAGUAUUCUCAUUUUUACGAUUUACCAUACGAGAAAAAUGAACUUUCAGAAGACAUUGUUACAAAUAUUAGUUUCUCACGGUGUUUAACACCUGUACCAAACUUUCCAAAUAAUUGUGCAAAAACGAAAAAUAAUGAUAUUACAAUAGAUUCAAAUGAUAAUGUUAACAAUGAAGACAUAGAAGAAGAUUGCGACUUCGAUAAUGUAACAGGCAGGUUGACACCAAGGAAUAUGUCAACUACUGAAUUAUAUCCUAAUCUAGAUUCCAUUAAAAAAUCUCAUAAAAAAAAUAAACGAGGAAAUAGUUCACGACAAAGUAGAAAUAACCAACACGAGGACGAAAAACAUGAAAUAUCAGUGGAACAUACGGCAAAUGAAACAUACAAUCCAUUAGAAUUUUCAAAUGAAUGUAUUACCGUGGAUGAUGUAAUGAAUAAAUCGAUUUACGAUAAAUUGAUCAGUAACGAUGACAUCGAACGUCCAACAAAUUUCACAAUCGAUGACCAAAACUGUGCGAGUACUAGCACGGAAAACAUAUUAUCGACUGUGACACCGCCGAAUUGUUUGAAAAUGAAAAAUUAUAUCAAAGUGUUACAGGAGACCUCUAUUAAGCGAUCACAUAAAAAGGUUCGAGAUAAGAGAAAGCAGGAAUCAGUAGUUGAUGCAAACGAGUUAUCAGAUGAUGGAUCAAUAUUUGGCAAUGAAGAAAAGUUAGUCUCGCCCGGCGAUAAAUACACGCAUGAUUAAUAAUAUUCGGCUUGGUGCAACGAACCACACUAUCGUAUUUUUUCAAAGAUACCAUAUUGGUAAGUGUAACUGUAACAAUUCACGCUUAUGGUCAACGCAUAAG